AUGAUGAAAAAGGUCUUCAGCAAGAAGUGCCUGAAGAAGAUACGAGACUCUCUAUCGAAGAAAAUGGAGCCGAUCGACAAUCAAGACGCCGACGUGUCGAUUCUUCUUUCUGUUCGCCAUCGAGCCAACAAUGAGAUGGAAAAGGCUGUCGAGGCCCUCAAUGGCGUGAAAGACAAGAAGCUAAGGCGGCUGUUCCAGCAAAUUCCCAAUACGAACUCGCGGAUUCAAACCCAACAGGGAGUGAAGCCAGAUCGCCCGGACUUCAAGGUCGUGAUCGGGAAGAAAGAGAUGGCUUUUGGCGAAGUCACAGACCCCAGCCAAAGGAACGAUCGGAAGAAGAAUGGCUGGGACCUGUACAGACUCUCACGAUUUGGGACAGCUGUCCUGAACCAGGGUACCGAAGUCAUGCCACUGGUGCAGGUUCUCGCUGGCUCCGGUACCAUCUACCGCCACUUUGUCAAGGGUCGAGGAAUCGUGGUGCUGGCGGAGGUGGGUGUGUUCUCGGUCCCCACGACCACCAUCCACAUGGGCGCUGCUGGCAUCUCUUCCAACUUUGUUCUGGUUCCGAAUCUCGCGCAACUCAAGAACAUCGAUUUUCCCAGGAACGCCUUCGGAUUCCAACAACAAGCCGACGAUAAAGUCAAGGAGGAAGUCCUAAACCAAUCCUUGUCAGAUAUUCGACGGGUCUAUGAGGCUUCGGGUACUCCGUCCAACCUUAAGGGCAUCCUCCGUAUCCAUAUCGAGCUCCCUGACGUCCGGAAGGGUAUGCCAGCCACCCACACCAGGAGAAAUCCCGUGACUGGCGUCGAGGAUGUGAUGGUGUAUAUCAACCUUUCGAACAUGGACGAUUUUUUCUUUGAGGGCAUCUCAGAGAAUAAGGACGAUAUGUUCUAA